GUAGCGCUUCUCUAAAAACAGUUUUGAUCAAGACAAUGGAAAAUGGUUUCUCGUUGGUGCCCAAAGAAGAGGAAGAAGAAGAAGAUUAUAGUAAUGAGAAAUCUGAAGAUCAGACGAGUUAUUAUUUGUCAACAGAGAUGAUGAAGAAGGUAAGCUUCAUGGCUGCACCAAUGGUGGCUGUGGCUGCUUCUCAAUACCUCCUUCAAGUUAUCUCCAUUGUUAUGGCUGGUCACUUGGACGAGCUUUCUCUCUCAGCCGUUGCUAUUGCCACUUCUCUUACCAAUGUCACCGGCUUCAGCCUCAUCUUUGGAUUGGCAGGUGCGUUAGAGACACUGUGUGGUCAAGCUUUUGGAGCUGGGCAAUUUAGGAAUAUCAGUGCAUACACUUACGGCUCAAUGCUAUGUCUUCUCUUGGUCUGUUUCCCAAUCUCACUUUUGUGGGUUUUUAUGGACAAACUCUUGGAGCUUUUCCAUCAAGAUCCUCUUAUCUCUCAAUUAGCUUGUAGAUACUCAAUCUGGCUCAUACCGGCUUUAUUCGGAUACUCUGUUCUUCAAUCUAUGACUCGAUUUUUCCAGUCACAAGGAUUGGUUCUACCUCUCUUCUUGAGCUCUCUUGGAGCUCUCUUUUUUCACGUUCCCUUUUCGUGGCUUCUUGUCUAUAAACUGAGAUUCGGAAUCGUCGGCGCCGCUUUGUCCAUAGGUUUUUCGUAUUGGCUCAACGUAGGUUUGCUUUGGGCUUUCAUGAGAGACUCUGCUCUCUAUCGAAAAAACUGGAAUCUUCGGGCACAAGAAAUCUUUUUGAGCAUGAAGCAGUUCAUUACCCUAGCAAUUCCCACUGCAAUGAUGACUUGCCUGGAAUGGUGGUCGUUUGAGCUUCUUAUACUAAUGUCAGGACUCUUACCAAACUCAAAGCUCGAAACAUCGGUCCUAUCCAUUUGCCUAACAAUGUCGUCUCUGCAUUACGUUAUCGUGAAUGCCAUAGGAGCAGCAGCGAGCACACAUGUCUCAAACAAGCUAGGAGCUGGAAAUCCAAAGGCAGCUCGAUCUGCGGCUAAUUCUGCGAUUUUUCUUGGCAUGAUUGAUGCAGCCAUAGUAAGCAUCAGUCUCUACAGCUACAGAAGAAAUUGGGCUUAUAUAUUCAGUAAUGAGAGUGAAGUCGCUGACUAUGUCACUCAAAUCACACCCUUUCUCUGUCUAUCAAUUGGUGUUGACAGCUUUCUCGCCGUACUCUCAGGAGUUGCUAGAGGAACAGGGUGGCAACAUAUAGGAGCUUAUGCAAACAUAGGAUCGUAUUAUCUAGUCGGGAUCCCGGUAGGUUCAAUCUUGUGUUUUGUAGUGAAAUUGAGAGGGAAAGGACUUUGGAUCGGUAUAUUGGUAGGUUCCACUCUACAAACGAUUGUUCUUGCUCUUGUCACUUUCUUCACCAAUUGGGAACAAGAGGUAGCGAAGGCUAGAGACAGAGUAAUCGAGAUGAUACCACAAGAAAUCAUAUGAAAAGAAGAUGUACAACUUUUAUUCAAGGAUAUUUCAGAAAAUGUGUAAAAUACUAAACUUUAAGUAAAGUAUGGUCCGGUUUCUUUUAUUUGUCAAAUUUAACGGAUGUUGAUUAGCAACUGAAACUACUGGAUUCGUUGAAUGCACACAAGUUGAGAAAUUGAGAGCCAAACACACAUCUUGAAUUUUGAUUAUAGGGAGUUCUUCACAAAGUUUUGGUGAAUUAAUUAUUUUCUAUUUAUGGAAAUAAUUUUU